GAUAGCUUCAUGUUCCGGGCUUAGACCUAUUUCAAGAUAGCGCCCGCCACCCACUUUAAUAAUUUUCUCCUUCUUUAUCUUUCUUUCUCCCCGGAUUCCACUCCCUGUUCACUCCACGAUCUUUAAUUAUUACAGACUGGGUCAAAAUGAGCACCCUCGCGCUGCCCUCGAGCAGCUUACCGCCUUUAUUCACACUCUCUAAACGCACCGAAGUAGAUAUUUUCAACGCGCUGCAUUACUUGGCGGCUAUUUACUGUCCUUUAUCAUUCCCUUUUUCGAAGGAGUUGGGGGACUCGAAGCAUGCUUUUGCCGAGGUGGAUUCGGGAUAUACCUCCGGAAACGAAGAUGACGAGGCGGAACUGACACCUGCGAUUAUUCGUGCAGAUGUUCAUGAGAAAUCGUUUGCCGAGCGCUGGUUGACGGGACUUAUCUCGCGCGUUGAAAGUUUGGAGAUCUUUUCAUCGGAGGAAGCGAGUCAGCGGGCGCUGGACCAGGCGGCGUAUAUCUUUGAGUCACUGUUUGCAAGCGCCCUGGAUGAAGAUGAUCAGAACUCUCCGUUUUUGCGAGACUUUUCGUUUGAUAUGAAAGUCCCUGAGGAGGAGAAGAAGAAGAAGCAGAUUUCUGUUCAACUGAACGACGGACUUGCGGGAACGAAUGAUACAGACUUUGAAGACGUGGGACUCCAAAGUUGGGGUGCUUCGAUCGUCUUCUCGGAUCUCAUGUGUACAGACCCAGAAAGAUUUGGUCUGACAAAUCUUGACCCUACCGAACAUAAUCGUAUUAUCGAGCUUGGUGCAGGCACCGGGCUUGUGAGCCUCGUUCUCGGAAAACUCAUUCCCGCUCUGGGCAUCAACGACUCCAAGAUCAUCGCAACAGACUACCACCCAGCCGUUCUCUCAAAUCUGGAAUCCAACAUCUCAAUCAACUACCCCUCCCCCUCCCCCGUGCAAGCUUCCCUCCUCGACUGGGCCGAUUUCUCCAACUCGGCCCCCUUCGACGUCCCAGUAACCAUGCUCUUCGCCACCGAUGUAGUAUACGCUCCCGAGCACGCACGCUGGCUACGAGACUGCGCAACACGACUUCUCUCGGAUGAUGGUGUUUUCUGGUUGUUGGUUACGAUACGACCUAAUGGGAAGUUUGCGGGCAUUGGAGAUACUGUCGAAGCUGCUUUUGCGGAGAAGGAUAGACUGCGUGGGGAGAAUGGGAGGAGGUUGGAUAUUUUGGAGAGACAGAAGUUGGAUAAGAGGAGUGGUGUUGGGAGGGGUGAUGAGAGUCAUUAUGAGCUUUUUAGAAUUGGUUGGGCGUGAAGAUAGAUGGUUAGAGACUUUGGUUUUCAGCGAUAUUGAAUAGAGGAGGAUAGACUUUAGAUUUAGACAUACAGGCAUGAUAGACAUGACGAUAGACUAGACGUCAAGACAAAUUUUAAGAUGGAUAAUGCUCAG